CUUAACGAGAUUCGUGAAGUUUGUUGUGUGUCUGUGUGUUGGGGUUUGCAGUGGGUCCGCUGUGUGUCUGUACACUGUUUGUCAGUGCAGUGAGGUUUGCUGUCAAUGGAUAUUCACGACAGGAAGCUUGCACAGCAUUGACGAGACAACUAGUACCUGAGCGGAGCGCGGGGAAGAAGAUACUGACAAAGACAUUGUGAACGACCAGAUCAUUAAAGCAUUAAAAAGUGAUAAAAAGUUUUGAUCUACCAAACAAUCGCAAACAGAUCGACAUUUAUAUGUGAUCUUCAUUCACCCUGCAGCAUUGUUAUCAGUGCAUCUAUUCAAUUCAGACAUGGCCACUGAAGUCUUCAAUUCCAAAAGCCUGGCUGUUCAGGCCCAAAAGAAAAUACUUGGCAAGAUGGCAUCAAAGUCGAUAGCAACUGCAUUGAUUGAUGAUACAAGCAGUGAUGUUUUGGAUGAGCUAUACAAAGCAACCAAGGAAUACACACAGAACAAAAAAGAAGCAGAAAAAAUUGUCAAAGAUCUUAUAAAGGUAAUCAUAAAACUAGGAGUCUUGUACAGGAAUAGCCAAUUCAAUCAAGAUGAGCUGAUGCUUGUGGAGAAGUUCAAGAAGAAAGUUCAUCAGUUAGCUAUGACCAUUGUGAGUUUUCAUCAGGUUGACUUUACUUUCGAUCGGCAUGUUCUGUCCAAACUUCUGAAUGAAUGCAGAGACCUGCUUCAUCAAAUCAUUGAUCGGCAUCUCACCACCAAGUCACAUGGACGCAUCAACCAUGUUUUUAAUCACUUUUCAGAUUGUGAGUUCUUAGCUGUGCUGUACAAUCCAUUCGGAUCUUACAAAGCUUCUCUGCAGAAAAUAUGUGAUGGUGUCAACAAAAUGCUAGAUGAUAAAAGCAUAUAAUCAGCAAUUUGUAACAUUUCCUGUAAAACAUGUUGAAAACUUGCUAAAAUAUGAAGGAAUAAUGUCAUGUAAAAUUUGUUUUCGUUAUAAUUGUAUAUUUUGACAAGUUUUUUUUAAAAGAAGUGUUUUCUAUAUCGAUAACAAUAUGCAUAAAGGAGAAUAAGUACUCCUAUCAAUUAUUUGUCCAUCUUGAACACCUGCUGUCCAGUACCUAGCAGAUGAUUAUUUGUAGCCUGUGGAAUGAAACUGAAGAGUUCAGAUAAAUUAGCAAAAUUGAAUGCAGUUUUAGUUUUUAGACUAUUAUAGAAAACAGAAUGCAUUGUUUCCUUUUUGUAAAGUUAUGACUAUACAAGAACUAACACAACAGAUUGCAAAUAAACUGAAAAUAUUAUGUUCUAGGAUGAAGAUUGCAGAAUGUAAGUUAAAUGGUAUAUGUACAUUAGCAGUGUUAAGACAAAAUGUAACAAAUAGCAUUUUAAUACUUUUCAUCCCUUUCCAUCUGUAUUAUACAAUUUUCAUCAGCUCACUUGAAUUACUUGGACUGAUGAAGCUACGGACUUUGAACUAGUGUGUGGAGAUGUAAUAUAUUAAUCUAAAUCUCAGAUGCUUAUUUUAUUCUAGAAUACUCAAAUGGCUAGUAACUUUCAUAAAUCAAUUGUACUUUAUGAUCAGCAUAGUUAUUAUGACUGUUAUUGCGUCUGGAGCAACUUCUAUUCUUAUGCAAAAUAUUAGUUUGUAGUAAGCCAAAGAAUAAAUUUCCAUUGAACACGGAGUGACAUCGCCAUAAGUAAUUGUUCAGUCAUUUUAUUCUCCAUUGAAACCAACAUUUACAGCAAGAUUGAACUGAAUGCAUUAAAUUAUCAACUGUCCAAUUCAUGACAAGCUCAUUAUAUGAUAAGUUUUUAGUUUUGAAAAUACAAUAAAAAGAGUUUUCAGUAAAAGAAUAAUAAUUGGCUUGUUUUUAAAAUUAAAUCUUGAAGUCGGAAAGACUAUUUUACAUGCAUAAAAGAUUAAAUAUUUUUGGCAUAAUUAUUGUUUAAAUUUUAUAAUUGGGGACAUCUAAAAUAGAUUAAAAAGAUCAUCUAGUCAUGGAAGGAGGCCAUUCAGCUGGUUGCAUAAAUGUCAAUCUCUCCAGCAAACUAGUCAGUCCAUUCCUUCCAUCUAUUCUGUUAACUCUGCAAAUUUAUGACUUUCAUGUUCCUAUACAAUGGGGUUUUGAAAUCAUUGAUAGCCUCCACUUUAAUUACUCUGCAAGAAGAAAGUCUCCCUUCUCUCCUGACUUUUGACAUCAAACAUCACAUGGAUAUUUUCAGCCAGAAGGCCGAAAGCUUGAGCAAAGCGAUAGGUUUUAAGGAAUUUCUAAAGGUAGACAGUAAACCAUGGGAAUGGGUAGAGGAAGCCUUGGCUUUGAGUGUGGCACAUCUGAAGUCUAGACUGCUGGAGGUCAAAUUUUGAGGAGCACAGAUACCUUGGAUGACUGUAUAUCUAGAAACCAUCAUAUAGAUCAGAUGUUCAAGGCCAUUGAGGGAGUGUAAAUCAAAGGUGAGAAUUUUAAAAUAAAGGCAUCAUUUGACCAGAUGUUCCUGAUGUCUGGCUGUCUUUGCAUUCGCUUAAAUUUUAAUCCAUGCAACUGAUCAGGCACGAAGGAGGUCCCUUGAAACUAAUAAGGACAUUCUUCAAAUAUGUGUAAUGCCACUUAGGUCUGAGUGAAUUUUUGUAACCAUAGGCUUGAGUGCCAAAGCUGUUGUAGGCAGAAGGCAUGAAGCCUGAAAUAGACCUGGCCACUCUAUCAAAAUCUCAUCUGAAAGAUUGGAAAUUAGAAUUAGAGUUCCAGGAAUGAAAAAAGAAAACAGGCAGAAGUGAAAAGAGUAAGAGAAAGGAGAAAAGCAUCAUAGAAUUCCUACAGCAUGGAAACAGGCUAUUCAGCCCAUCAAGCCUACGCCAACCCUUGGAAGACCAUUGCACCUAGAUCCACUCUCUCACCCUAUCCCUGUAAUCCAGUAUUUCCUGUGGCUAACCCACUUGCUCUGCUCAUCAUUGAACGGUGGGAGGAAACUCAUGCAGACACAGGGAGAAUGUACAAAUUACACACAGAGCCACCUGAGGGUGGAAUCAAACACGAGCCCUGGUGCUGAGCCACUGUGCCCACACUACAUGCAGGGAUAAGUGGAGAGAGAAUUCCAGGAAAAAGGAGAAAAAAAAAGCCAUCUGGUGGCAGGGGGAAAGGUGGGGAAAGGUUGAGAAAGAACUGAGAAAGCUCAAAUAUGACAAUAAAAUGACAGUUUGAGCUGAAUAGGGAGAACUUAUUUUUGGUAUUGGAGAACUUGUUGGUAACACAAUGACACUAGGCCGAAGCCAAGCUUUGAUUACUUUUUUUCCAAAGUAUCCCUGGGUAUUAUCAAAUUUGAAUGAAAUUAACAUUCAUAGCCUUUGAAAAGGUUGCAAAAUAGGUUAAACCAGCGUGAGGAAAUUUGAACUCACGUGUGACAAAGCCAGUUCACUGGAGAGGCACAUAAGCUUUAUUCUAUGAUAACAAAGUGUGGAGCUGGAUGAACACAGCAGGCCAAGCAGCAUCUCAGGAGCACAAAAGCUGA